AUUUCUCUUCAACUGAUCAUCUGGAGAAUUUUUUUUCACUUUCAAUCUUUUUCUUUUCUAAUCAAGUUUUAAUUUCUCUUCGUUCUUACAAUUAAUUAAUUGAGAUUCCUUUUCAUGUCUGUGCCCUUUGGCAGUAGUCGUUCAGUGCCUAAAGCUCCUGACAAGGGUAGUUUUCCUCUCGAUCACGAUGGUGUUUGUCGAAAACCAUUAGUCGCUUACCUUAAAUGUCUUCGUGUUAAUGACGCUGUUACAAUUAAUUGUCGAGAAGAAAUUAAGUCUUAUUUAAAGUGUAGAAUGGAUAAUGGAUUAAUGGCUGCUGAAGAAUGAAAAAUUGGGUUUUCUGAUGAGAUUGAUUUGGUUACCAAAGAUGGAAACUCAAGAGCUGAAGGAGUUAAACAAAACACCAAUGGAAAAGAUGAACAAUCAACAAUUGGACAAUCAGUUAGAAAAGAUUGA